UGAACUAGACCCAUAUGGAAUGCCAGGGGGAUGCUCUCACAUCUGUUUGCUCAGCAGCAGCUACAAAACCAGGGCUUGUCGCUGCAGAAUGGGCUUCAUCUUGGGAAGUGAUGGCAGGUCAUGCAAAAGACCAAAGAAUGAGUUGUUCCUGUUUUAUGGGAAGGGACGCCCGGGAAUAAUACGGGGAAUGGACCUGAAUACCAAAGUAGCUGAUGAAUAUAUGAUCCCCAUAGAAAACCUGGUUAAUCCUCGAGCCCUGGAUUUUCAUGCUGAGACCAAUUACAUAUAUUUUGCUGACACUACCAGCUUCCUGAUUGGACGUCAAAAAAUCGAUGGCACUGAGCGUGAGACAAUCUUGAAGGAUGAUCUCGAUAACGUGGAAGGCAUUGCAGUAGACUGGAUUGGAAAUAAUCUGUUUUGGACAAAUGAUGGCUACAGGAAAACUAUUAACGUUGCCAGAUUGGAGAAAGCUUCUCAAAGUCGGAAAACUCUGUUAGAAGGAGACAUGUCACAUCCCAGAGGAAUUGUUGUGGAUCCUAUUAAUGGCUGGAUGUAUUGGACAGACUGGGAAGAAGAUGAAAUAGAUGAUAGCGUGGGAAGAAUUGAGAAGGCAUGGAUGGACGGCUACAACCGGCAGAUUUUUGUGACAUCAAAGAUGUUGUGGCCAAAUGGAUUAACUUUGGACUAUCAAAACAAUGUAUUGUACUGGUGUGAUGCCUAUUAUGAUCACAUUGAAAGAAUAUUUUUGAACGGAACUGACAGAAAGGUGGUCUACAGUGGAAAAGAACUAAACCAUCCAUUUGGACUAUCACACCAUAGGAAUUAUAUUUUCUGGACAGAUUAUAUGAAUGGCUCUAUUUUCCAACUGGAUUUGAUGACGAGAAACGUGACACUUCUAAGAAGUGAGAGAUCACCUCUAUUUGGGCUUCAGAUUUAUGAUUCCCACAAGCAGCAAGUGGGUGACAACGCAUGCCGUGUUAAUAAUGGAGGCUGCAGCACUCUCUGCUUAGCUAUUCCCAGAGGCAGAGUGUGUGCUUGUGCUGAUAAUCAGCAUUUGGAGGAAAACAGUACAAUCUGCAUGAUUAAUUCCGGAGAAGUGUUACCUAAGUUAUGCAAACCAGGAGAGUUUCAAUGUCAGAACAGGCGCUGCAUCCAAGACCGCUGGCGUUGUGAUGGUGAUGAUGAUUGCCUUGAUGGUUCCGAUGAGCAUUCUGAGAUUUGCUUUAAUCACAGCUGCCCUGACAAUCAAUUUAAAUGCUAUAAUAACCGUUGCAUCCCCAAGAAGUGGCUUUGCGAUGGAACAAAUGAUUGUGGGAGUGGUGAAGAUGAAUCAAAUGAAACUUGUACAGCAAGAACAUGUCAAGCUGACCAGUUUUCUUGUGGGAACAGACGUUGUAUUCCAAGUUCAUGGCUAUGUGAUCGGGAGGAUGACUGUGGUGAUGAAUCAGAUGAAAAGGUAUCUUGUGAAUUUCCAACUUGUGACCCACUAGCUCAUUUUAUAUGCAGAAAUGGAGUAUGCAUUAGUAGCAAAUGGCAGUGUGAUGCAGAUGAUGACUGUGGUGAUGGCAGCGAUGAACUGAACUGUGCUCAUUCAUGCUUUGACAAUCAGUUCAGCUGUUCCAAUGGCAGGUGUAUUCCAGGUCACUGGGCUUGUGAUGGUGACAAUGACUGUGGAGACUUCAGUGAUGAAAACACAUCAAAUUGCACCAAGGAAGAAACGGCCUCUCUGGGAGGAUGCAAUGGGAAAGAAUUUCAGUGCCACCCAGAUGGGAAUUGUAUUCCUGAGUUCUGGCGAUGUGAUGGAGAAAAGGACUGUGAAGAUGGCAGCGAUGAAAAGUUCUGCAAUGGAACUAUACGCCCAUGUGAUGCUAAAACAAAGUUUUCCUGCAAGACUACAGGGAGAUGCAUUAGUAAAGCCUGGCUGUGUGAUGGGGAUACUGACUGUGAGGAUCACUCCGAUGAGGAUAAUUGUGAAGGAUAUUUGUGCGGACCACCAAAAUACCCUUGUGCUAAUGACACUUCUAUCUGUCUACAGCCUGAGAAACUCUGCAAUGGGAUAAGAGAUUGUCCUGAUGGAUCUGAUGAAGAUAUUCUUUGUGAUGAAUGUUUGCUUAACAAUGGUGGUUGCAGCCACCAGUGUUCAAUAGUUCCUGGAGGCAGAAUUGUGUGUUCAUGCUCACCAGGACUGUACCUGAGUUCAGACAAUAAAACCUGUGAAUUCAUAGAUUAUUGUGCCAAACACCAGAAGUGCAGCCAAGUGUGCGAACAGCAUAAAAAUACUGUUAAGUGCUCCUGUUAUGAAGGUUGGAAGCUCAAUAAAGAUGGUGAAAGCUGUGCUAAUAUUGAUCCAUUUGAAGCUUUUAUAAUUUUCUCUAUUCGGCAUGAGAUCAGAAGGAUCGAUCUACAGAAGCGGGAUUACAGUCUGUUAGUUCCUGGACUGAGAAAUACAAUAGCACUUGAUUUUCACUUCAAUCAGAGCUUGCUGUACUGGACAGAUGUGGUAGAAGAUAAAAUUUACAGAGGCAAGCUUUCUGAAACCGGAGGGGUAAGCUCCAUUGAAGUAGUGGUACAACAUGGUUUAGCUACCCCUGAAGGUCUUACUGUUGACUGGAUUGCUGGAAAUAUAUACUGGAUAGACAGCAAUUUGGACCAAAUUGAAGUUGCUAAAUUAGAUGGCACGCUGAGGACUACAUUAAUAGCAGGUGCCAUGGAGCAUCCUAGGGCUAUUGCUUUGGAUCCUAGAUAUGGAAUUCUGUUUUGGACAGACUGGGAUGCUAAUUUUCCACGCAUUGAGUCUGCUUCCAUGAGUGGAGCAGGAAGGAAGAUAAUAUAUAAAGACAUGGAUAGUGGAGCAUGGCCUAAUGGCCUUACAGUUGAUCAUUUUGAAAAACGAAUAGUAUGGACAGAUGCCAGGUCAGAUGCUAUUUAUUCAGCACUGUAUGAUGGAACUGGCAUGAUAGAAAUUAUACGAGGACAUGAAUAUCUUUCUCAUCCCUUUGCUGUCUCUUUAUAUGGGAGCGAAGUAUAUUGGACAGACUGGAGGACAAACACAUUGUCAAAAGCCAACAAAUGGACAGGUCAAAAUGUUAGUGUGAUACAAAAAACUAGUGCACAGCCUUUUGAUCUUCAAAUCUAUCACCCAAGUCGUCAACCACAUGCUCCCAAUCCUUGCGCUGCUAACAAUGGCAAAGGCCCAUGCUCUCAUAUGUGCCUGAUCAAUCAUAACAGAAGUGCUGCAUGUGCAUGUCCUCAUUUAAUGAAGCUGUCUACAGACAGAAAGAUAUGCUACGAAAUGAAAAAAUUUCUUCUUUAUGCAAGACGUUCAGAAAUAAGAGGUGUUGAUAUAGACAAUCCAUACUUCAACUUCAUAACAGCCUUCACAGUUCCCAAUAUUGAUGAUGUAACAGUUGUAGAUUUUGAUGCAGCAGAGGAACGUUUGUAUUGGACUGAUGUGAAAACGCAAACUAUAAAACGGGCCUUCAUUAAUGGGACUGGCUUAGAAACUGUUAUAUCAAGAGACAUUCAAAGCAUUCGGGGACUGGCUGUGGAUUGGUUAUCACGUAAUUUAUACUGGAUUAGCUCAGAAUUUGAUGAAACACAAAUUAAUGUAGCACAUUUAGAUGGCUCUUUAAAAACCUCAGUUAUACAUGGAAUUGAUAAACCACAGUGUCUUGCUGUUCACCCAGCUAAAGGGAAACUUUUUUGGACUGAUGGAAACACCAUUAAUGUGGCAAAUAUGGAUGGCAGCAACAGCAAAAUACUGUUUCAAAAUCAAAAAGAUCCAGUUGGUUUAUCUAUAGAUUAUGCCGAGAACAGGCUUUAUUGGAUCAGUUCAGGAAAUGGAACCAUAAACCGAUGCAAUUUGGAUGGUGGCAAUUUUGAAGUAAUUGAUUCAAUGAAAGAAGAAUUAACAAAAGCUACAGCCUUAACUGUUAUGGAUCGAAAACUAUGGUGGGCAGACCAAAACUUAGGCCAGGUGGGUACCUGCAAUAAGAAAGAUGGAAGGAAUCCCACAGUCCUACGAAACAAAACUUCAGGAGUUGUACAUAUGAAAGUAUAUGACAAAGCAGCACAGCAAGGUAAACUCAAUUCCUGUCAACUCAAUAAUGGAGGAUGCUCCCAGCUUUGUUUACCAACCUCAGAAUCAACCCGAACAUGCUUGUGUACAGUAGGCUAUAACCUUCGGAAAAACCGUAUGUCAUGUCAAGGCAUAGAAUCAUUCCUGAUGUAUUCUGUUCAUGAAGGAAUUAGAGGAGUUCCUCUUGAUCCAAAUGAUAAAACCGAUGCAUUAAUGCCUAUAUCAGGAGCUUCAUUUGCUGUGGGUAUAGAUUUUCAUGCAGGAAAUGAUACAAUCUACUGGACAGACAUGGGAUUCAACAAAAUAAGCCGAGCUAGACGGGAUCAGACAUGGAAGGAAGACAUUAUUACAAAUGGUUUGGGAAGAGUAGAAGGCAUUGCAGUUGACUGGAUAGCGGGUAAUAUAUAUUGGACAGAUCAUGGCUUCAACUAUAUUGAAGUUUCCAGGCUCAAUGGCUCUUUUCGAUAUGUAGUUAUUUCUCAGGGUCUCGACCAGCCAAGGUCUAUAGCAGUACACCCAGAAAAAGGAUAUUUAUUCUGGACAGAAUGGGGACAGGCACCCUGCAUAGGCAAGGCACGUUUGGAUGGAUCAGAGAAGAUUGUUCUUGUUGGCUCUGGGAUUACAUGGCCUAAUGGAAUUUCUGUUGACCAUGAGGAAAAUAAAUUAUAUUGGUGUGAUGCUCGAAUGGACAAGAUAGAAAGAAUUGACCUUGAGAGUGGAAGGAAUCGGGAGAUUGUCCUGUCAGGAAGCAACAUGGAUAUGUUUUCAGUCACAGUCUUCGGGGCUUUCAUCUACUGGUCUGACAGAGCUCAUGCAAAUGGGUCCAUCAGACGAGGCCACAAAAAUGAUGCCACAGAGGCAGUAUCCAUGAGGACAGGCCUUGGAAUAAACUUGAAGGAAGUGAAAGUCUUCAACAGAGGACGUGAGAAAGGAACCAACAUUUGUGCCAAGAACAAUGGUGGGUGUCAGCAACUUUGCCUCUAUCGAGGAAAUAUGCAGAGAACAUGUGCUUGUGCACAUGGCUAUCUAGCCGAGGAUGGAGUUACAUGUCUGAGACAUGAUGGCUAUUUGCUUUAUUCAGGAAGAACAAUACUAAAAAGUAUACAUCUUUCAGAUGAAACAAACUUAAAUUCACCAGUACAACCAUAUGAAAAUCCAGAAUAUUUCAAAAAUGUAAUAGCGCUGGCUUUUGACUACAGCCAGAAAGGAAGAGGUACUAAUCGAAUCUUCUUUAGUGAUGCACAUUUUGGAAAUAUACAACUUAUUAAAGAUGAUUGGUCUGGCAGAAACAUUAUAGUUGAAAAUGUUGGUUCCGUAGAGGGCCUUGCAUAUCAUAGAGCAUGGGAUACUUUGUACUGGACCAGCUCUACUACAUCUUCUAUUACAAGGCACACAGUUGAUCAGAAACGAAGAGGUGCUUUCAACAGAGAAGCAGUAAUAACAAUGUCUGAAGAUGAUCAUCCACAUGUAUUAGCCCUUGAUGAAUGCCAAAAUUUAAUGUUUUGGACUAAUUGGAAUGAGCAGCAUCCAAGCAUCAUGAGAGCUACACUGUAUGGCAAAAAUGCGCAAGUUGUUAUCAGCACUGAUAUCCUGACACCUAAUGGGCUUGCUAUUGAUCACAGUGCAGAGAAAUUAUACUUUUCAGAUGGCAGUUUGGGAAAAAUAGAAAGAUGUGAAUAUGAUGGAUCACAUAGAAAUGUGAUUGUCAAAUCUGGACCUGGCACUUUUCUCAGUCUUGCUGUUUAUGAUGACUGGAUCUUCUGGACCGACUGGGUGAGAAGAGCUAUUCUGCGAUCCAAUAAAUAUACAGGUGGAGAUACAAAAAUUCUUAGAUCUGACAUACCACAUCAACCAAUGGGCAUCAUAGCUGUUUCUAAUGACACUAACAGCUGUGAAUUAUCCCCCUGUGCCCAAAUGAAUGGGGGCUGCCAUGAUUUAUGUCUUCUGACUCCUGAUGGCCGUGUUAAUUGCUCAUGUAGGGGUGAUCGCAUACUUAUAGAUGACAACAGAUGUGUGUCUAAAAACUUCUCAUGCAACUUUUACUCUGACUUUGAGUGUGGCAAUGGUGAGUGCAUUGAUUACCAACUUUCCUGUGAUGGUAUAUCCCAUUGUAAAGACAAGUCUGACGAGAAGUUAUUUUAUUGUGAAAAUAGAAGCUGUCGGAAAGGCUUUAAACCAUGUUUUAACCGUCGCUGUGUUACCACCGAUCAAGUCUGUGAUGGCAAAAAUGAUUGUGGUGACAACUCUGAUGAAAUAGGCUGUGAAGGUACGUGAUGUACUUCAACAGAAUUUCGCUGCGCAGAUGGAACUUGUAUUGCAAAAUCAGCACAAUGCAAUCAGAUAAUUGAUUGUUCGGAUGCUUCAGAUGAGAAAAACUGCAAUAACACAGAUUGCACUCACUUCUAUAAACUUGGAGUCAAAUCUUCAGGAUUUAUUAGGUGUAAUUUUACUUCACUUUGUAUACUACCAGAAUGGCUGUGUGAUGGCUCUAAUGACUGUGGAGAUUAUACAGAUGAACUAAAAUGCCCAGUUCGAAACAAACAUACAUGUGAAGAAAAUUAUUUUGGUUGUCCAAGUGGGAGGUGUAUUCUGAAUACCUGGGUAUGUGAUGGUCAAAAAGAUUGUGAAGAUGGAAGUGAUGAAUUACAUUGUGAUUCCUCUUGUUCAUGGAAUCAGUUUGCUUGUUCUGAAAAUAAGUGUAUCUCUAAACAAUGGACGUGUGAUGGGGAGGAUGAUUGUGGAAAUGGCUUGGAUGAAAGUAAAGCUAUAUGUGGCUCAGUAACCUGUGCCCCAGACAUGUUCAGCUGCUUAGGUUCCUAUGCCUGUGUUCCUCAACACUGGCUUUGUGAUGGGGAAAGAGACUGCCCUAAUGGAAGUGAUGAGCUUGCUACAGCAGGAUGUGCUCCUAAUAAUACUUGUGAUGAAAAUACUUUCACAUGCCACAGUAAAGUCUGUAUUCCGAAGCAGUUUGUAUGUGACCAUGAUGAUGACUGUGGAGAUGGAUCAGAUGAAUCACUAGAAUGUGGCUAUCGUCACUGUAAUCCUGGAGAAUUCAGCUGUGCUGAUGGAAGAUGUCUCUUAAAUUCUCAGUGGCAAUGUGAUGGAGAUUUUGAUUGUCCAGACCAUUCUGAUGAACAUCCAAUUAACAUAAAAUGCAGAAGUGCAGAACAGUUGUGCAACAAUUCCUUUUUUAUGUGCAAAAAUGGCAAGUGUAUUCCCCAAGAAGAUGUGUGUGAUACUAAACAAGAUUGUGGUGAUGGAUCUGAUGAGAGAAACUGUCAUAUUAAUGAAUGCUUGAGUAAGAAAGUCAGUGGCUGUUCUCAAGAUUGUCAAGAUCUUCCUGUUGGGUACAAGUGUAAAUGUUGGCCUGGCUUCCAUAUGAAAGAUGAUGGCAAAACAUGUGUGGACAUUGAUGAAUGUUUGUCUGGCUUUCCAUGCAGCCAGCAGUGCAUCAAUACAUAUGGCACCUACAAAUGUUUGUGUGCAGAUGGUUACAAAAUACAACCUAAUAAUCCAAAUGGCUGCAAAUCUCUUUCAGAUGAGGAACCUUUUCUAAUUCUGGCUGAUCAUCAUGAAAUCAGAAAAAUCAGUACUGACGGAUCAAACUACACUUCACUGAAACAGGGUCUGAACAAUGUGAUUGCAGUAGACUUUGAUUACAGAGAAGAAUUCAUCUAUUGGGUUGAUUCCAGCAGACCAAAUGGCAGUAAAAUAAAUAGAAUGAAUCUAAAUGGAAGUGAUGUCAAGGUAGUUCAUAACACAGCUGUUCCUAAUGCACUAGCUGUUGACUGGGUUGGAAAGAAUCUCUAUUGGUCUGACACAGAAAAAAGGAUUAUUGAAGUAUCAAAACUCAAUGGCUUAUACCCCACUGUUCUCGUGAGCAAAAGGGUGAAGUUCCCUAGAGAUCUCUGUUUAGAUCCUCAAGUUGGAUAUUUGUACUGGAUUGACUGCUGUGAGUAUCCCCACAUUGGCCGAGUCGGUAUGGACGGCUCUAAUCAGACAAUUGUGAUAGAAACACAUAUAUCUAGACCAAUGGCUCUUACAAUAGAUUAUGUCAACAGAAGACUCUACUGGGCUGAUGAAAGCCAUAUUGAAUUUGCUAACAUGGAUGGCUCUCAUAGAAAUAAAGUUCCUAAUCAACAUAUUCUAGGGGUGAUUGCUCUCACAUUAUUUGAAGACUACAUCUACUGGACUGAUGGGAAAACCAAGACAGUCAACCGUGCCCAUAAAACCUCUGGAGCAGAUAAAGUAGCACUGAUUAACUCAUGGCAUGCCAUAACUGAUAUCCAAGUGUAUCAUUCAUAUAGACAGCCGGAUGUGCCUAUACAUCUGUGUGCAUUAACUAAUGGUGGCUGUAGUCACCUGUGCCUCCUAGCCCCGGGCAAAACGCAUGCUUGUGCCUGUCCCACCAACUUCUACCUCUCUGCAGAUAAUAAGACUUGCUUAUCAAAUUGCACAGCCAGUCAAUUCCGCUGCAAAACUGACAAAUGUAUUCCAUUCUGGUGGAAAUGUGAUACUGUAGAUGAUUGUGGGGAUGGAUCAGAUGAACCUGAAGAAUGCCCUGAAUUUAAAUGUCAACCUGGCCGAUUUCAGUGUGGAACUGGGCUCUGUGUGUUACCAGCAUUUAUAUGUGAUGGAGAAAAUGAUUGUGGAGACAACUCUGAUGAACUCAAUUGUGAAACACAUGUCUGCCUGUCGGGUCAAUUCAAGUGCACCAAAAAUCAAAAGUGUAUUCCAAUAAAUCUCAGGUGUAAUGGACAGGAUAAUUGUGGUGAUGAAGAAGAUGAACGAGAUUGUCCGGAAAACAGCUGUUCUCCUGACCAUUUUCAGUGUAAAACAACAAAACAUUGCAUUUCUAAACUGUGGGUUUGUGAUGAGGAUCCAGAUUGUGCUGAUGGGUCUGAUGAGGCAAACUGUGAUAAAAAAACAUGUGGGCCUCAUGAAUACCAAUGUAAGAACAGCAAUUGCAUUCCAGAUCACUGGAGGUGUGACAGCCAAAAUGACUGUGGUGACAAUUCCGAUGAAGAAAACUGCAAACCACAAACAUGUACUCAGAAAGCCUUUCACUGCUCAAAUGGAGACUGUAUAUCUGCAAGAUUCUGGUGUGAUGGUGAUUAUGAUUGUGCAGAUGGCUCAGAUGAGAGAAAUUGUGAUUCUGGCUGCUUAAAAGACCAGUUCCAAUGCUCCAAUGGUCAGUGCAUAGCCACAAAGUGGAAAUGUGAUGGACAUGAUGACUGCAUUCUUGGAGAGGAUGAGAAAAAUUGUGAACCGGCAUCUCCAACCUGCUCUUCAAGUGAGUAUGUGUGUGCCAAUGGAGGAUGUAUCUCAGCAUCUUUCAGGUGUAAUGGAGAAUAUGACUGUCCAGAUGGCUCUGAUGAGAUGGACUGUGUAACAGAAUGUAAAGAAGAUCAGUUUCGUUGUAAAAAUAAGGCACACUGUAUCCCUGUCAGAUGGCUUUGUGAUGGAAUCCAAGAUUGUGUGGACAACAGCGAUGAACAACAUUGUGACAGAGGGGGGAAUAUAUGUAGAGCAGAUGAGUUUCUUUGCAACAAUUCACUCUGUAAACUACAUUUUUGGGUUUGUGAUGGAGAAGAUGACUGCGGAGAUAAUUCUGAUGAACUCCCUGAAAUAUGUGUAAAAUUUCCAUGUCCACCAACCAGGCCUUACCAAUGCAGAAAUAAUAGAGUCUGUCUGAGACGUGAACAGAUUUGUAAUGGGAUUGAUGACUGUGGGGAUGAUUCAGAUGAAGACCAUUGUGACAAAGCUACUUAUAAGGCAAGACCUUGUAAAAAAGAUGAAUUUGCUUGUAGCAAUAAGAGGUGUGUACCAGUGGAACUAGAGUGUGAUCAGUUUGAUGACUGUGGUGAUGGUUCAGAUGAGCAAGGCUGUAAAACAAGCUUAUCUGAAUAUAGGUGUGAAAAUAAUGUGAAUCCUUGCGGGGAUGAUGCAUAUUGUAAUAAAACCAAAACAUCUCUUUUCUGUCAGUGUAAGCCUGGAUUUCAAAGGAACAGGAGAAAUUGGCAAUGUGAAGAUAUCAAUGAAUGUGUAAUAUUUGGCAUCUGCUCCCAACUUUGUAUCAACGUAAAAGGAUCAUACAAAUGUACUUGUGAAAGAAAUUAUAAAGAAAGAAACAGCAGCUGCAUUGCAAAAGGCUCUGAAGAUCAAGUUCUCUACAUUGCUAAUGACACUGAUAUCCUGGGUUUUGUAUAUCCAUUCAACUACAGUGAUGGUCAUCAACAGAUUACACAUAUUGAACAUAAUUCAAGAAUAACUGGAAUGGAUCUAUAUUAUCAAGGGGAAAUUAUAAUUUGGAGUACUCAGUUUAAUCCAGGAGGCAUUUUCUAUAAAAAGGUCCAUGAGGGAGAAAGGAGACAAAGCAGUAAUGGUGUGAUAUGUCCUGAAUUCAAAAGACCCAGAGAUAUUGCAGUUGACUGGAUAGCUGGAAAUAUUUAUUGGACUGAUCAUUCUAGAAUGCACUGGUUCAGUUAUUAUACAACUCACUGGACAAGUUUAAGAUAUUCCAUCAAUGUAGGUCAGAUAAAUGGACCUAACUGCACAAGGCUCCUUACAAAUAUGGCAGGAGAACCAUAUGCAAUUGCUGUAAAUCCUCCCAAAGGCAUGAUGUACUGGACAGUAAUUGGAGACCAUUCUCACAUAGAAGAAGCAGCAAUGGAUGGUACUUUGAGGAGGAUAUUAGUACAAAAGAAUUUACAAAGGCCAACAGGUCUUGUAGUUGAUCUCUUCAGUCAGCGCUUGUUCUGGGCUGAUUUUGAAUUAUCCAUAAUUGGAAGUGUUCUUUUUGAUGGUUCUGAUUUGGUGGUAUCUGUGAGCAGCAAACAUGGGUUACUUCAUCCCCAUAGAAUUGAUGUUUUUGAGAAUUAUAUAUAUGGAGCAGGACCUAAAAAUGGUGCAUUUAGAGUACAAAAAUUUGGUCGUGGCUCUGUAGAAUAUCUGAAUUUGGAGACUGAUAAGACAAAAAGUGCUUUGAUUUCACAUCGCUACAAACAAACAUACUCACUCAAUCCUUGUUUGGAAUUUAGCUGUGAGUUCCUCUGUUUACUCAGCCCUUCAGGUGCAGCCUGCAUAUGUCCUGAAGGAAAGUCAUUGUUGAAUGGAACCUGCAGUGAAUUGAGCAUUUUAGAUGAUACAUGUAAGCUGACUUGUGAAAAUGGAGGAAGAUGUGUUAUUAAUGAAAAGGGUGAUCAAAGAUGUUACUGUUGGCCAAGUUAUUCAGGGGAAAGAUGUGAAACUAACCACUGUAACAACUACUGCCAAAAUGGAGGGACCUGUGUAGCUUCUGUCCUCGGAAGACCUACAUGCAGCUGUACACUGGGGUUUACAGGUCCAAACUGCAAUAAAACAGUUUGUGAUCAUUUUUGUCAAAAUGGCGGAACGUGCACUGUCACUGCUGGAAAUCAGCCCCGCUGCAAUUGUCAGCAUGAAUACACAGGUGAUAGAUGCCAAUACUAUGUUUGCCACCAUCAUUGUGUUAAUUCUGAAUCCUGUAUCGUAGCUGAUGAUGGCAAUGUGGAAUGUGUCUGUCCUCUUCGAUACGAAGGUCCAAAGUGUGAAAUUGACAAAUGUAUAAAAUGCCAUGGAGGACAAUGCAUCAUGGACAAGGAGAGUGAUGACAUAAUGUGCAACUGCACAAAUGGAAAGAUUGCAUCCAGUUGCCAAUUAUGUGAUGGUUAUUGCUACAAUGGUGGUACAUGUCAGUUGAAUCCUGAGAGAAAUGGACCUGUCUGUCUAUGUUCCACCAACUGGUCUGGUACACAGUGUGAAAGGCCAGCUCCCAAGAGCAGCAAAUCUGACAACAUCAGCACAAGAAGCAUUGCAAUCAUUGUUCCUCUCGUCCUCUUGGUGACCUUAAUCACUACUUUGGUAAUAGGUUUGCUUCUUUGUAAAAGAAAGCGAAGGACAAAAACAAUCCGACGACAACCAAUGAUAAAUGGAGGAAUCAGUGUAGAAAUUGGAAAUCCAUCGUACAAUAUGUAUGAAGUGGGCCAUAAUCACAGUGAAAGAGGUCUUUCAGAUUUUACAUUAAAUCCAGAAAAGGCCAGGUAUAUAGGGGGAGGGCCCACAGUCUUCAAGCUUCCCCACACAGCACCGCCAAUCUACUUAAACUCUGACCUGAAAGGACCUUUAACAGCAGGGCCAACAAACUACUCUAAUCCAGUGUAUGCAAAGUUGUAUAUGGAUGGGCAAAAUUGUCGAAACUCCUUAGCAAGUGUUGAUGAAAGGAAAGAACUCCUUCCAAAGAAAAUAGAUAUUGGCAUAAGGGAGACUGUGGCAUAAUCCAUUGUAACUUUUUGUAUACUGUAUAAAUGUAUAAAAUAUGAGGAUUACUUUUCUAUGUACCAACAGUAUUAUAAUUGUUUUAGCAUCAGCAUUACCUCUGGAUUUUUUUUCUUCUGUUUGGUUGGUGGUUUUCUGGGUUUUUCUUUUGCUGAUGACUUGACUGACCAUUUGUAUGGUAUUUUUAUGAAAAAAAAUCUGCACUACAGUACAAUUUACAACAAUGCUGCUGAUAUAACACACAUUGAAUUU